GUUUAUGUGGGAAUGAGGAUCUUAUUGUCACAGUUGAGAAUCGCGUCAAUCUCCUUGGAAACAAUGUCACCUUCCGAUGCCUCGUGCAGAGAAACAUGUCUGAUGGCUUGCGAAUGAUUGACGUUCCAGAAGAUAUUGAAUGGACGUUUCUGCGUGUAGCGUCAAGUGUUCCGGUAGUCAUUCUUAAUUCUUACGAGAAAAACCGAACUGAAGAUGGCGUCAGCGGUACAAGUUCGGACAGCAAAUCCGAUUUUAAAUACCACAAAGAGGUGUGGCCAGAUAUCACAAUACACGCAACAACGGAGGCAGACGCUGGUUCUUACACUUGUAAACUGGUGAAAACUGGACAAACGGCAACAGCUCAGUUAUAUAUUAUUGAUACCUUCCCAGUGUGUACUAAGAGUAAUGAUGGUCCUAUCUACUAUGAAAAUGACAUUGUGACCUUGACCUGUACAAUGGGUUUCCAUGGCAACCAGAAACCAAAAUUAGACUGGAAGCUCCCAGAAUACCAUGUGGAUUAUGAGCAUUUGAAGUUUAAAGAGGAAAAUUCUGUAAACUUGAUUUCAUCUAGUGUUACACUUAGUUUACAGCACAUGAUUGACGGGAAAACUUUUACCUGUUAUUCUUCUUUUGUAAACACUUCUUCUGAACCCUACAACUGUACGACAAUGUUUCAGCCAGAAAGUGUUCUUUAUCCUCCAUACAUUUCUCACAUGAGAACAUUCCCAUACACGAAGGAGCACAACCGUCAGGUAAAUGAAGGCUCAAACUUAACACUGGCUUGUGAAGCACAUGGUAAUCCUAAACCAACAUGGACCUGGAAAUUCUUUCCAAACAAGGUAAAUAAGUCUAGAUUGUUACCAUGUAAGUUAGUGACAUGUCCACUGAAGCACUUGACAGGGAUAGACACAGGCUCUUAUCAGUGUACAGUCACCAAUACAGUGAAAGGUGUAAACAGAACAGCUACACAAACACUUUACAUCAAAGUUAAUGGUAAAGGACCAUUUCCUACUGCAGCACCUGUUAAUGUUGAAUACAAGAAAGAGAAAGGAUUUUCACCAUAUGCUAUUGGAGCCAUUGUAUGUGCUAGUCUAGCUGUAAUACUUAUCAUUAUAUUUAUCUUACUGGCAUUGAAAAUGAGGAGAAGAGAGCAUUUGUUACAUGAGCGUAUGACUAGAAUGGGGGAUGAAAACUUUGAUGACCAGGAAGUUGAACUGCUCGAUGAGAAUAUACAACCAGAUAAUACAGAAUUGCCAGCUGAGUAUGGUAGAUUGAAGCAGCAAUGGGAGAUAGCCAGGAAAGAUAUACGACUUGUUGACCUGAUUGCGAAAGGAUCUUUUGUUGAAGUAUGGAGGGGAAGAAUGAGAAAAUAUCCAAGAAGAAAUGAAAUUAUGAAAGUUGCGAUCAAAAGAAUUGUUUCUGAGGCGACAGAGAAGGAGCGAAGAUUUUACCUCGCAGAACUUGAAGUUAUGAAAGCUAUACAGCCACACCCAAAUGUCUUGCCACUGAUAGGAUGUUAUACUGGUAGUGAUCCAUGGCUAAUAAUGGUAGAGUAUGCUGUAGAAGGAAGUCUUUAUCAAUAUUUACAGCACCGUCGACCCGGUGACCUUCGUGUAGAGAUCAGCACAGAUAACCAUGACAGCGUUAGCUUACGUAAUCAGAAUCUCACUGCCCAUAAAUUACUGUCACUCGCAGCUCAAGUUGUCAACGGUCUUAUACAUAUCAACAGGUUUAAGAUGAUAUUUUACCGUCUUCGAGCCUCAAGCGUGCUGGUAUGUAAAGGUGGAGUUUGUAAACUGUCGGGGUUUGGUUUUACACAGGACAUUACUGAGCGGAAUCUGUAUGAGGGCAAUUCUUCGCCAGUCCGCUGGAUGAGUCCUGAAAGCUUGUUUGAGAAUGUCUUCAAUAUUAAAACAGAUAUCUGGUCAUUUGGAAUACUUCUAUGGGAAAUUGUGCAUUUUGGACAUUUGCCAUAUCCUGACAUGGGCCCUCAUGAGGUGACAGAGAAAAUACAGACCGGAUAUAGAAUGUCACAACCUCCACAUUGUAGUAGUGACAUCUACAAUUUGAUGUUGAUGUGUUGGGCAGAAAAUCCAGAGAAUCGGCCAUGUUUUGGUGACAUCAUGCAGAACUUGCAUCAUUUGACCCAGCAAGCGGACACACAUAUUGUUAUAGACAAACUUCCCGAUGGUCUCCGGAGUGCCGACAUUAUUGAUAACACUGAAAGUAUAGCUUGAACCAGACUGACAACAAUAUUUCCCAAAGUUUUUGCCAUAUUUUAGUUUAAACAAUUUCUAAUAUUUUUAUCAUUUUUUAUUUUUUUUAACUUACCAAUACUGGUUUCAUUUGAGGAAAUAUGGUCGUGACCUCAGUAGGUCUCAAACCCCCACUUCCUGGAUGUUGUUUUAUAGAAUGUUAAUUAUCCAAAGCCAGUCUAAAUCUCUGGUAUUUCAUUGGUUAGAUUUGAAAUAUGAAAAUAGACCAAUAGCAAAACUGGAUUUGAAUACUGGUAGCAUUUUAUGUAAGAUUAAAAAUUUUGCAGCUAAUUCUUGUUUCAGAAGGUAAAUCUUCGAGUUAAGUUUAAUUAGAAAAUUAUAAUUAUAGUAAAAACAAUACAUAUAAAAGUUUAUCAAUAGAAAUCCAUUUUCAUUUUGACAUUGUAUGCAUGUUUUAUAAGAUUUGAAAUAUCUUACUUUAUGUUUGUUAUAGGUUUAAAAUACACAUGUUGUUCUAGUUACAAUGUAUAAAAGUUAGCUAACAAAGUACAUGUAGUAUGAAAUGUAAGAAAUUUCUAUUUUGGUAUAUCAGAAAUCCUUCAACCCUUGCAUAGUUACACCUUAACCAGUCAUAUUGUUUUUCAUUUAUGCCACAUUAUGUAUAUUUUUUGCUGUCAAGCUCAGUAGAAUUAGUAAUAUAUUUCAAAAGAUUGACUUUUUUAGUGGUAAUGGACCAAUAAUUGAUACCAAAAAAUGUUUAGGAUAAAAUAUAAAACUACACAUGUACCUUAAUUAUAAAAAAAUUGCUCCACUCAUUCUAGAAAUUGAAUGCUACUGAUACAUUUCAAAUGAUAUUUAUAGAAUUUUCCCUGAGUCAUUAUUAUUUUUACAUACCAAAUGUAGAAUUGAACACAAUUAUGGCAAAAUUUAAAGUUGCUUUUGAAUAUUACUCGUGCACUCACCAUUUACACUUGGAUGGGCAUAAUGUCAUUUUGAUGAAAUGUUUUUUUAGAAUGCUAAACUUGUGCAUAUAUUUGUGAUAGAAUCGAAUUAUUCAUAGACCCAUUUCUAUAAAGCUCACUUUUAAAGAUAUAUGUUCAUAUUGAAAUGCUCAGAUAUUUAUAUAAAAAAGUGUGUGUCCUUUACAAUUUGAUUAUCCCCUUU